CCCUAGCUACUCUGCUCCAUAUUUCCCUGUAAACUCCAAGGUUGACUCUGUGCGACAGAACCCAGGAAGCCUGGGGCAGGUGCCCGUGUCCAAGAGUUCCCCAGGUGGCUGCAAACGUGAAGACCGGAAUCUGCCCCUCUCAGCACAGGUGCACUCCAAGGAUUUACCAGUCCUUCACGGGGGGCCAGUUGAAUUUAUACUGAAGCAUGCAAGAGAAAAAUCCUGAGCAGCCACCGUCACUGUCUCAGCUCCUCAGAGAAAGCUACCUGGCAGAGGCCCGAGCCCAGCAGCGUCACAGCGAGAUGAGCCGCUCAGACGCUUCGUCCACACGCCUUCAGAUCUACGGGUCGCUCAAAGGCAAGGCUGAGGACUCUGUGGGCCGUAAUGACCCGCAACUGCCAGACCUCUCCGCCUUCCUCAGCCAAGAAGAGUUGGAUAAGAGUGUGAACCUGGCCUGCCAGGCCAUCGGAAAUGAGCAUCCUGAGGAGAAGGCAGAGGUCAAGGCUUCUGUCACACCGUUACCCCCCUCCAACAUCUCCUCAGUCUCAGUUUCUUCCUCUACAACCCCUUCUGUUCCCUUCCCAAACCCAUCUCCUGCUCCUCUUGCUGCCCCCUCCACUGUGCCCUUCACCCAGCCUGCCCCUGUGUUCAAAGAACUGCCAGCGACACACACAAUCACAUCAGAAAGAAAGGGGCUUAAAGCCUCCACACGGCAGGACAACAUGAUCAGGAACAGCAGGGACUCCGGUGAAGGAAUCAACGACUUCAACACAUCAGAAAGGAACGCCCCGUACGGUCCGGAGACCCAGUCCAAGAAGGAGUUUCUCAACAAGGCAGCGGACUUCAUCGAGGAGCUCUCCUCUCUAUUCAAGGCCAACAGCUCCAAAAGGGUACGACAAAGAGGAUCCAAGUCACACAGGAGUAGGGGUCAGAACAAGAGCCAGAACGAUGGGACGGUUGAUCCCCUCGGCUCUGAUAACAGGGAGCGUGCUCUCAUGCCUGUGGAGGAGGAGGAGAGACCCAGUCCUGCUGUUAGCCAAACACCAGAGGUCCAACUGGACCCUGGUACCGGGCAUGUGGAGCUUCAGGACUGCAGGGUCACUGAGGAGCAGCAGUACCACUGUGUUUCUCGGGAGGAGCAGGAGGAGCAAACAGAAACAUGUGCCUUGACAGAAACACCCUCCUCUGCAGAGCCCACGUGUGAACCUCCUCAUUUCAUCCAGAAACUGAAAAGCAGGGAGGUCGCAGAGGGAAGCAAGGUUCAGUUAGACUGCAUUGUAAGAGGACUCCCAAUGCCUGAAGUCCGGUGGUUUUGUGAGGGCAAGGAGUUGGAGAACAGCCCCGACAUUCAGAUCCUCACCGACGGAGAACUGCACUCUCUGAUCAUCGCUGAGGCCUUCGAGGAGGAUACAGGACGUUACUCCUGCUUUGCGUCUAACUUCUAUGGUACUGACUCCACGUCGGCAGAGAUCUACGUCGAAGGUGCUUCCUCUUCAGAUUCUGAGGGGGAGCAGCCACUUGAACAUGUAGACCAGCUGAAAACCAAAAAGACAUCUGCAACUUUACCAUCAUCAUUGGGCCAAACGGUCUUUGUAGAGGAGGAGGAGUUUGAGACACCUGAACUGGCAGCAGCAACAGAGGAGCCAACAGCGGACCUCUCCUCACCACCAACUCAUCAACCUCCUCUACUGGUUCAGACAUCAACCGCGGUGCUUUCUGUCCCCGAGCUCUCCAAAGCGUCUGUGGCAUCCUCAGCACAGCCUGCUCAGGAGGAGACGACCACCGUGUUACCUGUCCAGCUGUUUCCUACUGUGACACAAGAGGUCACAGAAGGUUCAGGAGACCAGGAGGCGUCAGCGUCUGUCCCAGUCACAUCCAGAACCCAGCAGCCAGAGACCGUCUCAUCCCUGCCUCUGAUCCCAGUGGCUCCAUCAGUGCAUCCUGUCCAGGCAGCUCCAACUCAGACACAACAAGUAGAGAGUCAAACCUCCAACCUCAACUAUCUACAAGGAUUAAACGGGCAAGCUGUGAUGGCUGCCCCUGUAUUCACAAAGAGCCUGCAAGACCUCUUUGUGUCAGAAGGCCAGCUGGUGGUGCUAGAGUGCCUUGUGAAAGGGACACCGUCACCUCGAGUGGACUGGUACAGGGAGGGCAAACCCAUGGAGGACUCCCCUGCUUUCAGGAUCCUGCAGAAAAAGGAAGUAUGCACAUUGGUCAUUGCUGAAGUCUUACCGGAAGAUUCAGGAGUGUUCACUUGUAAAGCAAGCAACAAGUAUGGAACCGUGUCCACUUCUGCAGCGCUGAGGGUCAGAGGCAAUGGUAGGAACAGCAACCACGUGAGGCCCGUCAGCAGUUUGACAGUGGAUCCCAGUCGAAUCCAAGAGCCUUCCCCAUCAGCUCCCAGUGUCAACCUUCAACCAGAGGUGACCAACAGCAUCAAGCCCCACUCCAGCACCAUACGCCUUGACCCCCUCGUCUCCAGCACGUUACGCCUUGAUCCCUUAAACACCAGCACCUUUCGCCUGGAUCCCCAGAGCUCCAGCAUGUUGCGUCCGGACCCGUUUCGCACCAGCCUGCCCAGUCUGGAACCCUCCAGCCUGAGUAGCAGCAUCAGCGCCUCCUACCUGAACUCUCACAGCAGCAGCACCCCAAACCUAGAUCCUCUCCACCUCUACCAGAACACUACCAUAUCCAGUGGAGCACAUCCCGAACCACAGAGCAUCACACAGGUGUUCUCACAACUGAAGCCUUUCAGUGCUGCAACUCCAGCUGAGCAGGAAAUCUCCCCGCCUUGGCUGACAUCUUCUGACACCAGUGCUAAAGUUAAGGGGGCCCUUCAGGGGAUUCCAAACCAUCAGAAUGGGAGCCCUGUUGUGGUCCCCCUCCCCGACCCUCCUCCGAACUCCUGCCUGAAGUCGGGCACCUUGACGAACCAUAGACACUCGCGCUCUGGCUCCAGAGUUGGCCUACAUGUGCACUUCAAACUGCCCGAGGAUGAGGAGGAAGAGCAAAGCGAAGCAUCCACUGAGUGUGAUGAAGAUGAAGCUUUUGCUUCAGCCAACAAAGGCCCCCCCCCGGUGCGGGCUAAACCCAAACUGGAACCCGCCCAGCUCCGGCUCCUGCACAACCAAGUCCUCAUGGAGCAGCAGCAGGAGACCGAACCCCCGAUCCAAACCCCAAGCCAUGCUCAGUCUCAGUCCCACCCCACCUUCCAGAGCCAGGUCCAGCCCGAGGUCCCAAGUUCCCACGAGGCUCAGCUUUGGUCACCCAGAAUGCACCACGAACCCCUUCCACCAUCUUUCCCGCCCCAACUUACGACCACUGCUGCCCAUCAGCAGACCGCUCACUCGGCACCACCACUCACCAACCCCAACGCUCCCUCACUGAGCUCUGCUCCACAGCUCAACACCACCUUUUCUCCUCUUUACAACACUGCUCCUACUUUCAGCUCCCCUCUGUCUUUCCCUCAGCUGAAGACUUCUACGCUGGUGACGUCACCUCCACCUCCCCCACAGCUGAACACUGCUUCUCCUCUCAGUGCAGCUACCGUAACCCAGAUGAACACCAUCCACGCCUCCCACCUCAACCUGUCCCCUGCAGCUCUCGCCAAACAUGCACCCACGUUCCAGUUCUCCUCUCCCCCCGCUCCACAGCUCAGCACGUUGCCCACAGGUCCAACUCUGGCCUCACAGCAGAUCAUCUCCCCCACUCCUCUGCUUAGAAGCACCCACGCCUCCCUCAUGAACCUCACCGCCACCUCCUUCACCUUCAACUACACCCGGCCUAAAGAGUUCAUCGCUGCUCAGACCUUCUCACCAGUGAGGAGUCCUUCCCCAACCGAAUCCCCGGUGCCCCUCCUCCAAGAGCUGGCCGCUGAGCUCAACUCCUCCGCGGCCAGCUCCCCAACUCUCCCGCCAUUUUCCCCACCACCUAGGAUCUUCCCCACGAGGGUGCUGAUGUCUCCCACCAGCCCCCCUUCCCUUGUGUCCUCCCCCACACCGGGGUCAGCGCAGUUCCCCAACAGCUUGUACUCCAUACGAGCCCAGUCGCCUCCUCAGGCCUCUUCUCCCACUUCCAGCAGCUCCACCCCGAGCCCAAUCCAAAACCCUGUGGCCUUCCUCAGCUCCGUCCUGCCGUCGCUGAGCCUGGGUCAGCCCAGAAACUCAAUGGGACUGCCCAAGGGAGCUCCGACGGGGCUACAGAGGAUGGUACCCAAGGUGCAACUGCCGUCAAAUGAAAACAUUCGUGGGAGCAGAGAAAUUCUCCUCCAAGACAUCGAGAAAAAGCUUCGAUUUAAAGAUGAUCCUCCACAGUUUGCACAUCAACAGAAGCUGAGUAAUGAGGGGAAAACAGCGAGCAGACCCCUUGGACCAAACAUUCCUGCUACUGUCUUUAGCUAUGAUGAGGAGUACAAAGUGUCCAGGUUUGAGCAGAGACUAAUGAGCGAGGUUGAAUUCCGAUUGGAGCGAACGCCAGUGGAGGAGUCGGAUGAUGAGGUGAAGCACGACGACGUCCCGACGGGAAAAUGCAUCGCGCCAAUAUUUGACAAGAAACUUAAGAACUUCAAGGCCAUGGAGGAUGUGCCUGUCACUUUCUCAUGUAAAGUUGUGGGAAUCCCUCUUCCAAAGGUUUACUGGUUCAAGGAUGGCAAGCAGAUCUUAAGGAAAAACGUCCAUUACAAGAAGAUAAGAGAGGGGGACGGGACCUGCGUUUUACACAUCGAGUCCACGACCAGCGACGAUGAUGGCAACUACACCGUCAUGGCAGCUAAUCCACAGGGACGAAUCAGCUGCUCGGGUCAUUUGAUCGUCCAAACAGGACCUCCCCGUAACCAACUGAACCCGAUUCACUCUCAGAGGGUACGAGCUCGCAUACAACAAGUUGAAGGUGAGCAAACGCAGGAGCGCUUUUUUCGCCCUCACUUCCUCCAGGCUCCGGGAGACAUGCUGGCUCACGAGGGGAGACUGUGCCGAUUAGACUGUAAGGUGAGUGGGCUGCCCAGCCCAGAGCUGAUGUGGCUGGUCAACGGGAAGCCGAUCUAUCCGGACCUUUACCACAGGCUGCUGGUGCGGGAGAAUGGCAUCCACUCCCUGGUCAUUGACCCUCUGACGCAGAAUGACGGCGGCACAUACACAUGCAUAGCGAACAACAAAGCAGGGCAGAGCUCCUUUAGUCUAGAACUGAAAGUUGUGGAGAAAGAGACAAAGCACCCUCCUCAGUUUGUGGAGAAGCUGCAGAACAUGGGUAUUCCUCAGGGGACUCCCGUCAGGCUGGAGUGUCGGGUGGUGGGUAUGCCCCCCCCUGCCAUCUUCUGGAAGAAAGACAAUGACACCAUUCCUAGAACUAGGGACAGAAUCAGCAUGACCCAGGAUGCCACAGGAUAUGUGUGUCUCCUCAUCCAACCAACAACUAAAGAUGAUGCCGGCUGGUACACAGUGUCGGCAAAAAACGAGGCUGGAAUUGCGUCUUGCACCUGCAGACUUGAUAUCUAUGCACAGUGGCAUCAGAGCAUCCCUGCCCCCAUGAAGAAAGCUCCGCGCACAGGCAGCCGCUACGCCGCUCUGACCGACCAGGGGCUCGACAUCAAGUCAGCUUUCCCCACGUCGGACAACAGCCCCUUCCUGUUCUCCAGCUCCCCUCCCGAAACCAUGCUGGAGAGUGAGGAGCUGUGAGCGGCACGCCGGCCCGGUCGACUCUGAGGCGUCCCGGCAGGAUGUGUGACCUGCUUGAUGUCGGAAACAGUAGAAGACUUUAAGGGGAUUGAUUGCUUGAGCAGAUUGUCAUGUGAUUUGUGUUUUGCACAUGAAGUGAAGUACAUUCAGAAUAGAAUGGCAAAGAAUUAAUGCGUUAAACCUAUCAGCACUGAUAGUGGCUUUGUCACCAUUCCUAUUUACUGAAGUCACAUGCAGAAAAAUUAUGGAUUUGCAAAGUCUUAGCUCAUGAGCCAUCAGUGGAGUUGAAUAAUGUUCUCUCACGUUUCGUUUUGUUCAUAUUUAACUACAGUGCUGCGGUUGUUGCUGAAUGUUGAUCAUAACAUGUGUUCUUAAUACUUUGUCCUCUUCUAAAAGUGGUGUUAACGCCACUUUUUUAUGUGCAGUGGCUUCUGACAGUAUUCACACCCCUUCACUUUUUGCACUUUGUUUUAUUUGUGUUUUAAAUGGAUACAUUUUGAUCUUCACUUAAAACCCAUAAGGACAAAGAGAACAUUUAUUUUUAGCAUCUGGGAGCAUGUACAGUUUCCAGUGACCUUCAAGUCUCUCCAUAGAUGUUCUAUCGUCUGAGCUCUGGCUGGACAAGAUGAGACGAGAGAGAAAUGCCUCGCCAGAAUUUUCUUGGCUGCCUUGGGUCAGUGUCGUGCUGAAAGAUGAAACAUCACCAAGGUCUCACAUUGUCCUCCCCUUAAACAAGGGGUGGCUUUGGUCCAGGAGGUAGAGCAGCUUUGGUCCACUCACCAGACGGUUGGUCCUCCAUUGGGCAUACUGAAGUGUCCUUGGGCCAGAUUCUAAACCCCAAACUGAAGAUACUGAACCGCAAAUCUGCCCUGACAACUUUGCUGGUAGUGUGUGAAUGGUGUGUGGUGGAAAAAGUGCAGCAUAUAGUACCGCUGUAUGAAUGCGUGUGUGUGGCUUGUACUGUAAAGUGCUUUGAGUGACUGCUUUGAUAAGACUAGAAAGCUCUCUUUAUAUUUUUAUAUAUAUACAGACCAUUUACAAUAAAAAUUCUGACCAGCCUCUCUGUCUCUGCUGCUGAGAAGCCCAGACACUUAGCAUGAUGCUGCAACCACCAUCAUGCUGCACCAUAGGAAUGGUAUCAACCAGGUGAUGAGCAGGGACUGGUGUUCAAAAGUAGUGUUUGGAUUUCUGCUCAAAUUAUUUGUGUGUCAUCCAACAGAGAACAUUUAAAAGAAGCUUAGCAAACCUUAAGCAGGCCGUCGAAUGCGUAUUAAGAUGUACCAUAAGAGCCUGAUUGAUGGAGCCCUGCAUAGAGCCGCAAAAUGAAAUGGGUCUGAAUGCCUUCUGAAGCCAUUGUACCAGUACUGGUAGUUCUAGUUUCUUUGAAGGUUUAUAUAGAGUAGUCAUAAGUUAUUGUUUAUGAAUAAUCAGAUAUAGUUUAAAGAGUAUUUUCAGAGACAUUUGAAUGUGCCAUUUAGAUCAGUUUAAAUUGCUCCAUUAAAGGAGGAAUUAUUUCUAUACUGAACUAAAUUAUUAUUUUUUUGUUGGUCACAGGUUCACAGUUAUGCACCAUGUUUUUCAUGUGCAUGCAUGCCAACAUGAAGUAUUGUAAAACAAAAAGAAACACUGUCUGCUCACAGUCAUGAUAAUAGUAUGCUAUCGGGAGAGAAUAAUUCAUGGUUUGUACUGCAGUUGAAACACUGAAACACUUUAUUUUAUUUUUCUGUCUCCAUAACUGCAUAAACACUUGUAAUAUAUCGUCAGAGAAAUAAGUUAUAUCAGACUACAAACAAUUAAAUAUUGUCCUGAGUUUGGUUUGGGAUAAAGACAGGGCUUUGCUUUGGUUUCACACAUGACAGAAAAAGGUCAAAUGUAUUUGAAUAAAUUAAAGUCAGUUGUAAAACACACUGGAGAAAAAAAAGAUCAUAUUCACCUGAUGUUAAGUUGCACAUUGUAUAGUUUUGUCCUUCAGAAUAAAGUUCUAUUUAUUAAUGUUAUUGAAAUGUUUGCUUUGCUGGAACAAGUGGUUUUGUUGGCACACUGCACUGACAGCAUGUAAAUUCCUUCUGCACCAUUUUCACUGCUCAGUGACGUUUAUCUUCCUUCACACAUGAAAAUAAUGAGUUUCCAUAGUACCAGGCCAUUUAAACUCCUCUGGCAUCGUAGAGGUCCUGUUUUCACUGAUCAGAUUCCUAUUAGCUUAAAAUGAUGCCCAAUUCAAAGCAAAUGGGAGGGCUCAGAAGCCAAUUAAGUGUUGCUAAUCAGUCCAAUUAAAGGGGAAGAGAGUUCAAAUAGGCAUAAAAUUGCAUUCACCUUACGUGACCUAAUUAUACUCCCAGCCUCGUCUCACCAGCUGCCAGACCUACUUGUUAACUGGUGCUGUGUUAAGUAGAAAAUAUCUGUGGAGGAAAUAUCCAGUGUUGUGGAAAAUGUUUCAGAUAAUGUUUUAUACUUUUGUUUGUUCAAUUUGUUUCUUGCAGUUUUAACACAAUAAAAGAAACAAAAAAUUAAA